GUAGUCAAAAUCGAUCGAACCAAUUCAUACUUGAGACCACGAUGAACCGAUAGAUAUACAACAUUCUCCGCGAAAAUGAUGCGAAUGCUCGAGGCACAGGCUCCGGCCAAACAGACAGCCACCGAUACUAUAAGCACUCUCAGCGGCCGUCUAGCUAGUGCAACCCUUCUCGAGGAUCGCCGUGCUGCCAUUCUUGGGUUGCGAAGCUUUGCUAAAGAAUAUCCUGCUUCGGUCGCGUCAGGGGCGCUGCGCGGACUCAUCGCAUGCCUGACUAAGGAUGUCGAGGAUGUCGAUACAAUUAAAGUGGUUCUGGAGACCUUGCUGGCUCUUUUCAAUCCAGAUGAGCACAGUCCAGAAGCUUCGGACGAGAUCGCACUUUGGUUAGCGGAUGAGUUCACCCAGCGGCAAGAUAAUAUAACUAUCCUCUUGGACCUACUCGAAACCCCCGAUUUUUAUUCCCGUCUCUACUCUCUCCAACUUAUUCGCGCAAUCUACGAUGCGCGGCCUGAAAGAACACAAGAGUGCAUUCUCACAGCACCCCUGGGAACCCCACGUCUCGUCGCAACCUUAGAUGACCCCAGAGAAGCCGUACAUACCGAGGGGCUCAUACUACUCAAUGACCUCUCGCGGUCCUCGACCGAACUUCAGAAACUCUUUGUAUUUGAGAAUGCGUUCGAAAAAGUCUUCGACAUGAUCCAAGCCGAUGGCUCGCUCACACAGGGCUCGAUCAUUGUUCAAGAUUGUCUGUCGCUGCUUGCCAACCUUGUCCGUUUCAAUUCUUCCAAUCAGACAACAUUCAGAGAAACUGGAGGGGUAGCAAGAUUCGCGCAAUUGCUUCCAGGUGGCCCAAAGAAAAAGAAGUCUCGAUCAGCCCCUGAAGAGGAGGAUGAUUGGGUCAGUCCGCAGGCAGACAAAAACGUCUGGGGUCUUUUGGCUAUAUUGCGAAUGUUUUUGGUCAAGGGGAGUACCAGCACGCUGCCAAACCAAAACGCGUUCCACAAACAUGGAUUGCUUCAGCAAGUCCUGAACAUGGCUUUCGAUCCCAGUUCAGUUGUUCCGAUCAAGGUCGAGGCCCUCAAUACCUGCGCCGACAUCAUCAGGGGAAAUUCGCGUAUACAAGAAGGGUUUGCACAAUUGCAAGUGCGGCCAUUGGUUGCGCCGCCUGCCACCAACGGGGCAGCCGAUACCGAUAUCUCUGUUUACAUUAUUGACGCCCUUCUGGACCUUGCUCUUACCCCAGCUGCGAAUGAACUGUUCGAUCUGCGAUUCGCUGCUUGUGAGUGUAUUAAAGCCUACUUCUUCAAUCAUAUGCAGAUUCGCACGCACUUCCUUAAUCGAGCCAUUGGGGGGCAUACAGAGGGCGGCGAUGAAACGGCCAAUGCCCUCACCACACUUGUGACCGGUUCUCAGGGAGCGCAAACCAUAGACCCUUACCGGACAUGGUUCGCCGCCACACUCAUAUUCCAUCUCAUCUUCGAAGAUUUAGAGGCUAAAAAUAUAUUGAUGUCUGUUGCUGAAGGUGACGCUGCAAGUGGAGAGGAGGUGGUUACGUGUAUACAAACGCUCACAGCUAAUCUGAUCGGAAGUCUUCAAUUGGGCGAAGAUGAGAGGAUAUCCAUCGCUUAUCUCAUGGUCUUGUCUGCAUGGUUGUUUGAGGAUGCUGCCGCAGUCAACGACUUCCUAGGAGAAGCCAGUAGUCUUCAAAGCCUUGUCCAAGCCGUGCUGAAACCGGGCGAUGACCAUGUCGUUACGCGCGGCCUUUGUGCCGCGCUUUUGGGCAUCAUUUAUGAGUUCUCGACCAAGGAUUCCCCCAUCCCACGGCGCGACCUGCAACCAAUUCUGACGUCGACAUUGGGUCGUGAGAAAUAUCUCAACGCCAUCAAGGAACUUCGUCAUCAUCCUCUAGUUCGAGAUUUUGAGGUUAUGCCCCAAACCGGCUUGGGCUCAAGUCUCCCCGACGUAUACUUUGACGAGACAUUUAUUGAUUUUCUGAAGGAUAAUUUCAGCCGGCUAUCGCGUGCGAUCGAUCGAGAUCCUGUGAUCGAGAUACACCAGUCCGACCAAGGGAUAGAUCGCGACCUUGUUGAUUCGCUGAGAGGCCAGCUGGAGGAGAAGAAUCAGGCCAUUGAGAAAUAUCAGGCCGACAACCUGACUCUUGAGCAAAAGUUGAGCCAAGAACAGGCGGAUCAUCGCAGAACCCAAGAAUCGUCGCUCGGCCAGGCAGCUGCUAUCAAGAAAGUUAAUGACGACCUGCAACGAAACCACGAAAAUGACAUGCGAAAAUUGGAGCGCGAACAAAAGCAAUACGUGCAAGAACUUGAGAACCGUCAGAAUCUUCAAUUGGCGACAUUGAACAAUAAGCUACAGCAAGCUUCCAAGGAUGCUACAGUUGCGUCAACAAGGAUGAAACAGGAGUACGAAGAGAAGCUACGCGAUGCCACCAUGGCUCGUACCGACAUCGAGAAACGCUUGGGCGUAUCUGAUAAGGCUCGACAGGAGGCUUUGAAUACCAUAAGGGGACUCGAGCAGACGCAAAAGCAUACCCGAGAAGAGAUCGCAACGAUUACCCGCACAUUGAGUAACCUUCAGACCCAUGUUCGUGACAGUGAAGCACAGAUCAAGCAACUGCAGGACGAAAAUACUAAAUUACAAGACACCAUCGACAAGCUGAAGUCUGAAAAUCAAGAUCUCAAGACGAAAGCCCAAGACCAAACCUGGAAAGUCAAAGACGCGGAGGAGAAAUUGCGCAGAGCAGAAGCUUCAGUCAAAGAGAAGGAAGAGUCGAGAGCUGCUGCGCAAACAGAGCUCGAUGACCUCUUCGUAGUCUUGGGUGAUCUGGAGGAGAAGAGAACACGCGAUAAAAAACGUCUCAAGGAACUUGGUGAAGACAUAUCAGAUGGCGAAGAUGACGAGGAAGAUGACGAAGACGAUGAGGAAGAAGAGUAGG